CUUGGAAUUUGGCAUGCGCAUAAUACAGAGGAAGAAAAACACCAGUGUUUAGCCAACGGCAUUCAAUUGUAAACAUUAGCAACCUGGGCAACUUCUUCCUGUCGUUGGGAUGGAAAUAUAAGGUCAACCCCAAGGUGUGGGACCAAACAUUGUUCUUCAGUGCAUGGACGCAAAGCCAAUGCGCAGGGUCACCAGCGCACGCCAAGACGCCACUGGAAUGGACAUCACCAGCCGCUGUACUCUGGGGGACCCCAACAAGCUCCCUGAAGGGGUCCCCCAGCCUGCGCGCAUGCCCUAUGUCUCGGACAAACACCCACGGCAGACCCUGGAGGUGAUCAACCUGUUGAGAAAACACCGUGAGCUCUGUGACGUGGUGCUGGUGGUGGGUGCCAAGAAGAUUUACGCUCACCGUGUGAUCCUGUCUGCCUGCAGCCCAUACUUCAGGGCGAUGUUCACAGGAGAGCUGGCAGAGAGCAGGCAGACUGAAGUGGUUAUCCGCGACAUCGAUGAGAGAGCCAUGGAGCUGCUCAUUGAUUUUGCCUACACGUCACAGGUGACAGUCGAGGAGGGAAACGUCCAGACGCUGCUCCCUGCAGCCUGCCUCCUCCAGCUGGCUGAGAUCCAGGAGGCCUGCUGCGAGUUCCUCAAGAGGCAGCUGGAUCCCUCCAACUGCCUGGGCAUCAGGGCCUUCGCAGACACACACUCCUGCCGCGAGCUGCUCCGCAUUGCAGACAAGUUCACCCAGCACAAUUUUCAGGAGGUAAUGGAAAGUGAAGAGUUCAUGCUGCUGCCUGCCAACCAGUUGAUUGACAUCAUUUCCAGCGAUGAGCUCAAUGUGCGGAGCGAGGAGCAGGUUUUCAACGCUGUAAUGGCCUGGGUGAAAUACAGCAUCCAGGAACGCAGACCACAGCUUCCCCAGGUCCUGCAGCAUGUCCGUCUGCCGCUGCUCAGCCCCAAGUUCCUGGUUGGCACUGUUGGGUCAGACCCUCUCAUUAAGAGUGACGAAGAGUGCAGAGACCUGGUUGAUGAGGCUAAGAACUACCUGCUGCUACCGCAGGAGAGGCCGCUGAUGCAGGGCCCCAGAACCCGACCGAGAAAACCCAUCCGCUGUGGAGAAGUACUCUUUGCAGUUGGUGGUUGGUGCAGCGGUGACGCCAUUUCCAGCGUGGAGCGUUAUGAUCCCCAGACCAACGAGUGGCGGAUGGUAGCGUCGAUGAGUAAACGGCGAUGUGGAGUCGGCGUCAGUGUUCUGGAUGACUUGCUGUAUGCGGUGGGAGGUCACGAUGGCUCGUCGUACCUGAACUCCGUGGAGAGAUACGAUCCUAAGACCAAUCAGUGGAGCAGUGAUGUGGCCCCCACUAGCACUUGUCGCACCAGCGUGGGAGUGGCUGUCCUCGGUGGUUAUCUGUAUGCUGUCGGGGGACAGGAUGGGGUUUCCUGUCUCAACAUUGUAGAAAGGUAUGAUCCUAAGGAGAACAAAUGGACUCGUGUAGCCUCCAUGAGCACCAGGCGACUGGGUGUAGCUGUCGCUGUGCUAGGGGGCUUCCUGUACGCAGUAGGAGGUUCUGAUGGGACGUCACCGUUAAAUACAGUGGAGCGCUACAACCCUCAAGAGAACCGCUGGCACACGGUGUCUCCGAUGGGAACCAGGAGGAAGCACCUUGGCUGUGCGGUCUACCAGGACAUGAUUUACUCUGUGGGAGGCAGAGACGACACCACGGAGCUGAGCAGUGCAGAGCGAUACAACCCCCGGACAAAUCAGUGGUCUCCUGUAGUGGCCAUGACGUCCAGACGGAGCGGGGUUGGCUUGGCUGUGGUAAAUGGUCAGCUGAUGGCAGUAGGAGGCUUCGAUGGGACGACGUAUCUCAAAACUAUAGAAGUCUACGACCCUGAUGCUAACACAUGGAGGUUGUACGGAGGAAUGAACUACCGCCGGCUAGGUGGGGGGGUGGGCGUCAUUAAAAUGACUCACUGUGAAUCCCACAUAUGGUAACACCAACCCUCGGCCCCCCGCGCACACACACACACACACACACACAGAGUCACACACUUCUCAUCACGUUGCAAUGGAUGCCUCUUUUCACCGACUCCCGUGCCUCCAAAAGAGACGCUGUGAUUCAUGCGAGGAUGAGAAAGACGUGGGGGGGGUCGAC